AUGCUGGGGGCCCCUGACGUCGGUGCUGUCUCAGCAGCAAAGGAGGGGCCCCCAGGGGCCCCUGCAGCAGCAGCUGCUGCUGCUGCUUCUGCUGCUGCUUCUGCAGCAGGUGCUGAUGAUUCUACUACAGCAGCAGAUGCAACAGCAACAGCAGCAGCAGCAGCAGCAACAGCAGCAGCAGCAGCAGCAGCAGAUGAUUCGUUUGUCCGUCUCCCUGAUGAAGAGACAGCUCUUAUAGACGGAGACACAAAAGAAUACCUACAAAAGUGCAGCAGCAAUAGCAACGGCAGCAGCAGCAGCAGCAGCUAUAGCAGCACCAGCAGCAGCAGUAGUAGCAGCAGCAGCCGUAGUAGCAGCAGCAGCAGCAGCAGCAGCAGUAAGAGUAGCAGCAGCAGCAGUAGUAAUAGCAGCAGCAGCAGCAGCAGCAACAGCAGCAGUAGCAGCAGCAGCAACAGCAGCAAUAGCAGCAGCAGAAGUAGCAGCAGUAGCAGCAGCAGCAGGUUGAGCCCCCAAUAG